AUAAGUCGAUACAUCCAAUCCCUUCUUCUUCAUCACCCUAAUUUUGCAGUAAUUGACGAUGGAGGAUUUGCAGAAAACCCUAAUUGAGAAAACUCCGACGGUGAUUUCGACGGUGGUGACGAUAAUGGCGGCGGCGGUUGCGGUUGUGGUGUACUACUUUUACAGGCCGUAUUGGGGGGUGAGGAAGGUUCCAGGCCCGCCGGCGCCGCUGCCGCUGGUGGGGCACCUCCCUCUCCUCGCCAAAUAUGGCCCCAACGUCUUCUCCAUUCUCGCCAAGCAGUACGGCCCCAUUUUCAGAUUCCAGAUGGGCAGACAGCCAUUAGUGAUAGUUGCAGAUGCUGAGCUAUGUCGAGAAGUGGGCAUCAAGAAAUUCAAGCACGUGCCCAAUAGAAGCAUCCCAUCUCCCAUCGCUGCUUCCCUCCUCCAUCAAAAGGGCCUCUUCUUCACUAGGGAUUCUCGAUGGUCCACCAUGCGCAAUACCAUUUUAUCUCUCUACCAGCCAUCCCACCUCGCCAAAUUAAUCCCAUCAAUGCAAAACUACAUCGCCGCCGCCGCCCAAAACCUCGACACCUCCGACAACAUCAUUUUCUCCGAAUUCUCCCUCAAACUCGCCACCGACGUCAUCGGAGACGCCGCCUUCGGCGUCGAUUUCGGCCUAUCCAACCCUAAAACCACCGCCGGCGCCGCCGCAGGCGGCGGCCGCGGCGAUCAGGUCCAGGAAUUCAUCAACCAACACAUAUACUCGACAACUCAGCUGAAAAUGGACCUGUCGGGAUCGUUCUCCAUCAUCCUCGGCCUCCUCGUCCCCAUCCUCCAAGAACCCGUCCGCCAGAUCCUCAAACGAAUCCCCGGCACCAUGGACAGGAAAUUCGACCAGACCAACCAGAACCUGAGCCGCCGGCUCGACCGGAUCGUCGACGAUAGAAUGCAGGACAGGAACAGGGCCGACAAGAAGGAUUUCCUGUCCCUCAUUCUCAGCACCACCCAAUCCGAGACCGCCGCCAAAAAUGUCUUCACUCCCGACUACAUCAGCGCCGUCACCUACGAGCAUUUGCUCGCCGGCUCCGCCACAACCUCCUUUACAUUGUCGACCGUUGUUUAUCUCGUCUCCGGCCAUCCCGACGUCGAAAAUAAAAUGCUUGACGAGAUCGACGCAUUCGGCCCUGCCGACGUAGUUCCCAAUGCGCAUGAUCUUUCGACGAAGUUUCCUUACCUUGAUCAGGUCAUUAAAGAGGCAAUGCGGUUCUACACGGUGUCGCCGUUGGUCGCGAGAGAAACAUCGGCGGAAGUCGAGAUCGGAGGCUAUGUUCUCCCGAAGGGAACAUGGGUGUGGCUAGCUCCCGGCGUUCUUGCGAAGGAUCCGAAGAACUUUCCGGAACCGGAGAAGUUCAGGCCGGAGAGGUUCGAUCCGAACGGCGACGAGGAGAAGCGUAGGCAUCCUUACGCGCACAUUCCGUUCGGGAUAGGCCCGAGAGCGUGCAUUGGUCAGAAAUUCUCGUUGCAAGAAAUCAAGCUGUCGUUGAUCCAUUUGUACCGUCGUUACGUCUUCCGGCGCUCCCCGGAGAUGGAGGACCCGCUUGAGCUCGAUUAUGGCAUCGUGCUUAACUUCAAGCAUGGCGUCAAAGUCCUCGCCGUUAAACGCAAUCAUCAAGCGUAAAAGCUUCGAUGCAUUUUUGGAGAAUUCAAAUGUGAUAAAUAUCAAAAUCCGUUAGCUCAAGCUGUUGUCCGAAAACCAAUCUGUUUACAACAUUCGACAUUUAUAUAUAUAUAUAUAUAUAUUGCGUCGAGGAACUUUCUCUAAUCCCUCGAAAACUUAUCGCCGAGAGGUCGGGAUGUAGGAACUGUACAAGGAUCGACAGCCAUUGAUCUUGUAAGAAACUGAAGUUCGUCCAUCGACUGCCUCAUCACUCGGCAGCUCCUCCGCUUGGCUUUGGUAGCUUCGGUCAAGUUCAUGUAAUUAGGCCUCCGGCCAUUGCUUUUCUCGUCUGUCCUGUCUGAAGCCGUGUUUCCGGAGACAGGAGUUGCAGUCGUGAAGAUUGAAGACGAAACUGAGCUCUCGUCGUGUCUGAAAUCUGAGCUAUAGCUAGAUGACGAUUGAUUCGCCGGCGCGGACACCCUCUUCGUCACGUUUUUCUUAAUUCUCAAUGUACUAGGUUCAGACAACCUAGAGACGCUCCCUUUGGACAUGUCCCGGAAAUUCUUUAAUUCGACGACAUUGUUCAUCUCCAUUAGUCGUGUUUCCCACGGCUUCGCCGCCAUCCAUCGCUCGAGCCAGCUCCACCCCCAGCUGUUCUUGUCGAAUUCGCGACCAUUCGACGUCGAUUUCCCCUGUAAUUUCGGUGAGGCGUCUACGACGAAUUUGAAUUUGAAUUUGAAUUUAGAUUUAUACAAAC